CAAACAAUAUACGACAAUUUGUCAAUUCAUUCAAAGAUGAAAGAAACGAAUUAAUGGCCAUAUGGCCUGAUAUUGUUCGUGAAUUGACAGAAGAAGAUAAUAAAGAAUUACCAGAUGUUAACAAGUGGAUAACAGAGGUAUUGGAAUAUAAUGUUCCGAAAGGAGGAAGACGAAGAUCAAUAUCACUUAUUGUUGCAUAUAAAUUGUUGGCAUCUCAAGAUCAACUAACAGAAGAAAAUAUUCAUUCAGCUCGUAUUCUAGCUUGGUGUAUGGAAAUAUUGCAAGCAGUUUACAUAGUGAUGGAUGAUAUUAUAGAUCAUACAGACAUGCGACGAAAUCAACCAACUUGGCAUGUAAAAAUUGGAUUAUCUGCAGUUAAUGAUGUUUUAAUUAUGCAAACAUGUAUAUACGAUCUUUUUAAGAAAUAUUUUAAAUCGAAAGAUUGUUAUAUAGAUAUUUUAAAUUUAUUUUCGAAAUAUCAUAAAAAAACAGUGCAAGGUGAAUGUCUAGAUAUAUUGAUAUCAACAGAUUGGGGAAAAAAAUCGAAUCUUGAUCUUUUUUCUAUGGACCAAUACAAUACUAUAGUAAAAUAUAAAACAUCUUAUUAUUCAUUUGUACUUCCAUUCGUUCUUGCUAUGCGUUUCGCUGGGAUAACUGAUUCAGAGAUAUAUAAACAAGCAGAAAAAAUUCUGUUAAAAAUAGGACAUCUUUUCCAAGUACGAGAUGAUUAUUUAGAUUGUUAUGGUAAGCGCGAAGUCAUAGGAAAAAGUGGAACUGAUAUACAAGAAGGAAAAUGUACAUGGCUCAUUGUGAUUGCUUUGCAACGAGCUACAGCUGAACAAAAGAAAAUUUUAAAAGAAUGUUAUGGAAUAGCUGAUGAAGAAAAAAUAAAACGUGUGAAACAAAUUUAUGAAGAAAUUGGUAUAUCAAAUAUCUAUUUCGAUUACGAAGAAGAAAUGCAUAAUUUAUUAAAUACAUAUACACAGAAAUUAUCUUCAAAACUUCCGACUGAAUAUUUUUUAUACUUACUCACUACAUCAUGCAGUAAAAUAGGACAAAAAAAUUAAUCAAAAAUUAUAAAUUAAGUUAUAAUAGAAAAGUAAGAAAAUAAAUUUA